AUGGCUGAUAGUAAAGGUCGUCUACCAUUACAUAUAGCAGCUUUAUUUGGACAUAAUAAGCUGUUAGAGUUAUUCAUACAAAAUGGUUGUUUGUUUAGAAGAUGUCAUGAAGGAAACACUGCCCUACAUUAUGCUGCAAUGCAAAAGAAUGUAGAAACUUGUCGAAUUCUAUUAGAAAUUAAUCCUACAUUAUUAAAUCAAACCAACUACAAUGGGACAACUGCAUUGCAUUUAGCUGCUAUUAGAAAUAAUAGUCAUAUAGUUGAAUACUUAUUGUCCAUUGGAGCAGAAAUUAAACCAGACCACAGUGGAUUAUAUUUCUCAAAUUAUGCAAUUAGAAAACAUAAUGAAGCAGUCGUUAAAGAGAUAGUCUUACACAAAAGAUGGCCGGAUAUUAUGGAAUUACUGUCUAAUUCAGUAUACUGUCCAUUCAAAGAAAUGAUUGAAUACCUGCCUGAUAUCUGUUUGAUGGUUUUAGAUCGUUAUAUAACUGAACAAGGAAAAGUGAAUAAUUGUGACCAUGUGACGGUGUUUGAUUUCUCCUUAUUACAACCUGCUUUAAAAUGUCAUGAAAAACAACCAUCUGAACCUUUUCAAUACUUAAAGAUGAUGGUACACUAUAAACGAAAGAAACUGCUUGUUCAUCCUUUUUGCGUGAUGUUUCUCAAGAUGAAAUGGAAAAUGUAUGGAAGAUGGAUUUAUUUAAUAUUCACUCUAUAUUAUAUCACACUGAGUUUAACAGUCACACUACUUACUUUAAGACAAGUUCCAUCAAAUAUAAAUUAUGCUGAUAUUGAUAAUAGCAAUAAUAAUAAUAAUGAUAACCAAACAGCCUAUUGUGUUCAAAAGGUGAAUGAAUCAGGAAAUGAUCGAGGAAUCUUUAUAUUACUUCUGUUCAUUAGUUUAUUCAGUGUGCUUAUAAAAUGCUUGAAAAUUGCUACAAAAAAACUGUAUUAUUUCGAAGGUUUCACAAAUUACUUCACUAUCACAUUUCAUAUAUUGCUUAUCAUAAAUUUAGUGAUUAACUUAAUUAGUCAAACAAUAUCAUACGGUAUUGUAUUGUCUAUAAUUGUUAUGUUUAUGGCAUGGAUAAACUUGUUGCUGCAAAUGCUCAGGUCCCAAGAUUUGGGAAUAUUUGUCAUUAUGUUUAUACAUGUAACAACUACAGUAGCCAAAGUGUUCCCCUUAUUUUUAUGCCUUCUUACUGGAUUUGCAACAGUAUUCUGGCAACUACUUCAGUCACCUGAGGAUAAGGAGUUUGAUAUUCUGUCUGAGACAAGUAAAAACCAACUAAGGAAAUGUUUUACUGGAUAUGAAAUUCUGUUCUAUCAGUCAGUAAAUAAAGAAACAAUAGAUAAUGGUAGACAUAUGAAUGUAUUCAGUAGUAUUGGUUUAUCAUUUUUCAAUACAUUAAUGAUGAUGAUGGGUGAAUAUAAGCACACAACAGUUAUUAUUCAACCAUACUUAGACAACACCCUACCUAUAAUCUCUUUUCCAAAAUUAACAUUCAUCUUCUAUAUAGGAUUUGUUAUUUUAAUACCAAUAACCCUGAUAAAUUUAACGAUAGGAUUAGCAGUUGGCGAUAUUGAUAAAAUUCGUCAGAGUGCAACACAAGAAUUAAUUUCUCAACAAGUUUACUGGUUGGAUAGUUUAGAGGCGAAAUUUCCUCGUUGGUUUUAUGAAAAAAUGUGUGUUCAACAAUGGUUGUUGAAACCAGCUAUGACGGAUUUACCAAAACAUGAACGUUCGAAAUAUGAUUUUAAUGAAGUGAUCAUAUUUUUAAAUAACAAAUUGAAUAAAAUCAACAAUAAGUUAAAAUGGAAUAAUUAUCGAUUAAAAUUACUAAUGACAAAACUUGGAGUACAAACUUUAGAAACCUUAUUGGAUACUGGAUGUUACAAUGAAGUUGGCUGA